AGGAGAAGCAGAGAAGGAAAGAAAAAAAAAGAAAAAAAAAGAGAGAGAAAAAAAGGAUCGUAGAAUCCUUUCGAACAUCCUUUGACUUCGAGUUUAUCCAGCUACGUCAUCGAGACAUUUUCAAGUCUCUUGGUACGCCACUGGCUCAGAAACCUCUCGUGAAAGUUUUCCGUGCUACCCGUGAUACUACCGAGUGCUCCCCAAGAGUUCCAAGACCGAUCAUCGUGAGUCCUGAUUUGUUGGUUGACACGUUCGAGGCCGGUGCCAAUCGUCAAUGCGAUCCUGCAAACUCCUCGACGCUGGAGAAGAAUGAUCUUGGCGUUCGAGAUCCUCUUACCCCUCGUGGGAAUAAUAGUCGUGGCUCAAGGCACGAUUGAAGUGCGGUCAUCCUGCUGUGCCGAUGAACGCCAAAGUGUCACUGUCCGACGAAUCCUCGACAGUAGGCACCAUAGCGAAAUACACUUGUGAUGCUGGAUACGAAUUAUUCGGCACUAACACGCUUACGUGCGGCAGCCGAGGAAAAUGGCAAGGCGAUAUACCGUUUUGCGGUACGAACGUAGCUUUUCGAAAGCCAGCGAAUCAAUCUACCACUGUAAGAGGAGGAAACGCGGGACACGGAAACGACGGUGAUCUUAGCACCGAACACGAUGGCAAGAGAUGUACGGAGACCUUGAGCGAGCAUAGUCCUUGGUGGAGGGUCGAUCUACUUAAACCCUACUCCGUUAAAGUGGUCAGAGUCACGACGAGAGGUUGUUGCGGUCAUCAACCUCUUCAGGAUAUCGAGAUACGAGUUGGUAAUAGCAGCACGGAGUUACAACGGAAUCCUCUUUGCGCUUGGUUUCCCGGUACCAUCGAGGAGGGUAUUACGAAGACGUUUGUAUGUGCCAGAGCUUUGGUCGGUCAAUACGUCUUCCUGCAACUCGUUGGAGUGGAAGGAAGUUUGAGCCUUUGCGAAGUCGAAGUUUUUGCGACUGACGAAUUUUCGAUCGACAGGUGCGCCAGCGCCGGAACACCUGCCGACGCCGAUCUCGCAGCAUUUAAUUCAACCUGUUACGAAUUCGUGGUAAAAAAAGGUGAAUCCUUUCAAGUAGCCAGAACCUAUUGUCGAGCACGUGGUGGUGAUUUGGUUCACGGUUUUCAGGGUGUCUCGCCGAUAUUUAUUCUCAACAAUUUAGAAAGGCGAAAAGACAAAUUGAAGACUCAAUUGGUAUGGAUAGGAGCUCAGAAAGAACCAUUGAUAACAGCUAGAACUUGGCGAUGGGUUGACGGCGAAGUCGUGCAGAGACCGUCUUGGGGAAAGGAUCAACCGAAUAAUUACAACGGUGAGCAAAACUGCGUUGUGCUGGACGGCGGUCGUGGUUGGCUUUGGAAUGACGUUGGUUGUAACCUUGACUACCUUCACUGGAUCUGUCAAAGCAGACCGCCACUUUGCGGUAGUCCAGAGAAGUUAGAGAAUACGACGAUAAUCGGUACGAAAAGAGUAGUGGGAUCGACGAUAGAAUACGUGUGUCCCGAAGGUUACAUGUUGAUUGGCUCGAAGACACGUACUUGCGAAUCUAGCGGAUUUUGGAGCGACGCACCUCCGACCUGCAAAUUCGUCGACUGUGGCCCCUUACCCGAGCUGGACAACGGAGUGAUCACGUUAUUAGAAAGCAGAACGACGCAUGGUGCACUGGCCGAUUAUGCUUGCAACGAGAACUAUACGCUCGUGGGUGACACGAGACGAAGAUGUGGUGACGGGGGUAUUUGGAGCGGACAUAAACCACAGUGUCUGUUCGAUUGGUGUCCAGAACCACCAGAGGUGAACGGUGGAUUGGUCGCGAUAACCGGAAGAAGAGCUGGCUCAACGGCAAGUUAUUCCUGUCAAAAUGGAUUUAUCUUGUUCGGUGACAACGUUCUAACUUGUGACAUUGGAGGUGAAUGGUCUGGCAAGGCUCCUCAAUGUCGUUUCGUCGAUUGCGGAACACCCGCACAAAUUGAAUUUGGUACUGUCACUCUUAUCAAUGGGACUACCACUGUCGGAAGUUUAGGGGUUUACGCCUGUCAGGACGAUUAUUGGUUGGUCGGUGAAGGAAAACAGGAAUGUACUAAGGAGGGAAAGUGGAGCCAUGAUACGCCAUCCUGCGAAUUGAUAACGUGCGAGGAACCGGAAGUACCAAGUGGAAGUUACGUCAUUGGUUACGAUCUAAACGUUCACAGCGUGAUAGAGUAUCAUUGCGAGACCGGAUAUCUCCUUCACGGAGAAGCAACGCAUACUUGUGGAAAGGACGGCGAAUGGACUGGAGACGUACCUACUUGCGAAUAUAUAGACUGUGCCAAGGUCCUACCUGUAUUGAACGGUGCUGUGGAAUACGUUAACGGUACGACUCACCUUGGAAGUGAAAUAACUUAUGGUUGCACCAAAAACUAUCGAUUGAACGGGGUUUCUAGAAGAUAUUGCUUGGACAACGGACAGUGGAGCGAUGCCACGCCAAAGUGCGAAGAAAUUCGAUGUCCCGAGCCAGUUUUAGCGGAGCAUGGUAUUCUCUCGGUCACUGGAAACGAUCGAAUGUACGGAAGAACGUUGAUACGUACUGGGACGGCUGAGAACUCAAAUACCGGAGCGACUUCUUACAAGAUCGGUGCAUUAGCUAAAUACAGAUGCGAAAGAGGUUACAAAGUUGUCGGAGAACCACUGUCGACCUGCGAGGAUAAUGGAAAGUGGAGUGGCGAGGUGCCACAAUGCGUCUACGUCGAUUGUGAGAAACCUGAACACAUACAACACGGUCGAUACACGCUAACAUCGAACGCUACGUAUUAUGGCGCUGCAGCACUUUACGAAUGCGACGGCAACUUCGAAUUGGAUGGUUUCGCUAGAAGAUUAUGUCUGGAGAAUGCAACUUGGAGCGGUAAUACACCCGUUUGCCGAGAAAUCAGAUGUAGAGAUCCAGAAAAGGAUGGUGUCCUAUCGACCCAAGUAUCAACGCAUAGCGUCGGCGGCGUUGCUCAUUACAGUUGUCCAAAAGGUUUUUACAUGGAAGGCAACGAAACAAGAUUUUGUUUGCAAAAUGGAACCUGGAGUGACACGACACCCGCUUGCUUUUCUAUCGAUUGUAAACAUCCAGGACCGAUAGAAAACGGAAGAGUGAUAGUGGUAAAUGGUUCCACGACUUACGGAGGUGCAGCUGAGUAUCACUGUCUUCCACAAUUCGAACGAGUAGGACCCUUCCUCAGGAAAUGUUUGGAUACGGGUUAUUGGAGCGGAGACGAGCCUAAAUGCGACCUAAUGACGAACGAAGUUGCCGAAGCUCAAGGAGUUGGCACGAGCGUUGGCAUCGGAGCUGCAGUUAUCAUCUUCAUCCUGAUCAUCCUAGGAUUGGUAUACUUAAGACUACGAAAAGCUACACCCGUGAAGAACACGGAAAACGUGCAAGCCGCUGAAAGAAAGGAAGAUCAAAAUGCAGCUGUUAUGUCUUACGCGACCUUGAACGAUGGAACGCCUAGUACGAUGUACGAAAACGUACCGGAGGACGGUCUUUACGAUAAUCCGUAUAGCAUAAGCGGUAGUAUGUACGGAUACGGAAAUACCCGAAGAGUGUACGGUAGAACGGGUCAUUACGAGGCUGAACCAAUAUCGAAUAGAAACGGCAUUACGAUCAAUGGCGUCUCCGUACGAUAGUUUUUGUGAAGCAACGCACUGUAUAUUUUUUUUCUUUU